AUGCAAUUUGAAGCAUUUGUGCCACCAAUUAGAUCUAAUCCUUGUAAGGUCGCCAAUAUUAUGCCAGUCGGCGGUCAAGAUGUUUGGAGUCGUGAGUCGCAUGAGGCUGUGCGCGAAUUUUUUGAAGCAGGAAUGGGCGAGACUGUUACUCCUUUACCAAACAGCUGUGGUAUGUGGAAGCAGAUGAAUGCUCCACCAGUUCCGUUUGUGACAGCUAACAUUACGUGCUGUGGACGCGAUCUCGCAGAUUGGCUAAUUUCUCGCUGCUUGGCUCUUCCACUAACCUCUUAA